AUUGUAAAACUCUUUUUGCAUGUAUAAUACGCCAAAACCCAAGUUUGUUUGCGUUUAUAUUCAAGGGCGGAUAACUCUCAUUUGUCACCUUGAACAAACAUGGACGACGCAAUUUCAUUUUGACAGCAAUGCCAGUGGAAAAGCUGUGUAAACAUAAAAUAUUUAAAGCUGAGAACGAUGUCAUCUGCUGAGAAAAGCGACAAACAAAAGGUGGAAGGUUUUGUCAAGUCUCUGAUAGUGAAAGGAAUCCAGGUUUUGGCUGUAGACUUUGAUCAAACAUUGCUGUCGAUCCACUCGGGAGGGCAAUGGCGAGACGGCGUGGAAAGUCUUGCACAGCAUGUGAGACCGUGUAUGCGAGAUCUACUGCAAUAUGCUAUCCAGAGAGGCCUGUUUGUCUGCAUCGUCACAUUUUUCAAGCAAGCCUGGUUGAUACGUGAAUUGCUCCAACAUGUCUUCCCCAAACGUAUUGCCGGUAAAAUACUAGUCCAGGCCAACACUAUAGAUCUACUACAACGACAAGGUCCAGAUGAAUUCGUCGGGAAGGAAGCUCACCUUAUCAACGUCUUUAAUGAACUUUAUCAGAAGCACCAUGUGGUUGUCAAUUCGAGGGAGGUAAUGUUGUUGGAUGAUGAUGAAGAAAAUGUUCGGACAGCCAUUCAGUUUGGACACUACUCCUUCCUCAUCCCGCCAGAUUUGAAUUAUGAAAACUUUGAAAGUUUUGCCAAAAUGCUAACUGUCACAUAGACACAACCAUGUAUUCUAUGGCUUAGAAAUUGUGAUACAUCCAUCUGUAUAUUAAUGAUGACCUCAGUGCUGACAAAGGUAUUAUAAGAUGACUGACAGCCUGGAAUGGUAUAUACAUCAUGUGAAACAAGAUUCUGUUUGUGAUUGGGAGUUAGUUAUUUGUAAACUCUCCUCUUAUUUCACAAUACACACAUGUUAGGAUGCUAAUUGGUUUAUGUUUGUUGUUGAAAAAAUUAACCCUUAAUAUGGUAAGUAUGUAUUCAGGGUAUUAAUGAUGUCAGUUUCCCCCAAAGUGUUGGUGAAUGAUAGCCUUAGCAUUGUUAUCUAAUAUAAGUGGCAUUAAUUUUAGUGAUGCCAAAAUCAUGAUCAAUCAUCAAUGGUCAUUAGAUCAAUAUACCUGCCAAGAUGCCAUAGUCAAAGGGUUAAUGAACUCUUCAGUCAGCCAAUCACCCAGCCUAUUCAAUGUUACAUGUCCAGCCUCACACAUCUUCAUAUUCUCACCUUGAACGAGGCUAUGCACCAUCAUUGAUAGAAGUAACUGAACUGAUAGGGAUUUAUCUAGGUUUCUAAGCUGAGUGUCCAUGGCAGCCAAAUUUGGAAAAAAAUUAUUAUUUUGUUCAGAGGUAUUUUAACAUUGUAUUAUGUGUUUAUGUAAAACUAUCCAUAAAUGACUCUUCCACUUUUUGGCCCUGUUGUCAGUGAUAUACAGUUACCUCUACAAAGCCAUAACAUUAGUUAUAACUAUAUUAACAUGAAUUCUGAACUUUUUUAUUCCAAUUUGGGAAUUUCUACUGACAUUUGCUGCAAACUUGGGUCCAAAUAUCGGCCUCUGAGCAGGUCUAGAUAAAUCCCUGACUGACCACUUUGUAUGAAUGUUUUACGAGACUCGUAAGUAGGAUGAAUGAAAUCUGAAGAAGCUGAUUGGUUGGUUGAUGAUGUAGGUUGGAUGACAAGACGAUAACUGUGAUGAAGAACACCGCCAAUUAGAGUGCCUGUCUUUAAACGGUAGAGAAUUUGGUUAUCAUUAUUGGUCUCUGUAAAGGCAUCAUAUUUAUUGUGAUAGUUGUACAAUGUUGUAUGAUACAACUUGACAUGUUCCACAAUGCCAGAUUGUAGGCUUUAUAUAGAAACCUACCUAUACUUACACGUCACUGAGAUGCAGAUAAGAUGAGUAUUGGUAUAAAAUAUGCGAACUCAUUCACCAAAACCCAA